AUGACACCCAAGGUCCUCGUUGUCCUCACCUCCUAUGGCAAGUUCGCCGCCACAGGAGGUUCAACCGGCUGGUUUCUGGCCGAAUUCGCCCACCCUUAUGAGGUCCUCCGCAACAAGGUCUCCGUAACCGUCGCUUCGCCUAAGGGUGGAGAAGCCCCAUUGGACCCCGCCUCCGUGAAGAUGGCUGAGUCGGAUGACGUGUCACUGGCUUUCUUUAAGGAGGAGAAAGCCCUGUGGACGAACACGCAUAAGUUGUCGGAUAUACUCCCGCGCGCCAGCGAGUUCGAUGCUAUCUUUUAUGUUGGUGGUCAUGGACCCAUGUUCGACCUAACCGAAGACCCAGACUCCUUGGCCUUAAUCCAAACCCUCGCGGCCGCCAACAAGCCCGUUGCAGCGGUCUGCCACGGACCCUGCGUGCUGCUAAAAGCCACUGCGCCAUCAGGCGUGCCUCUCCUCUCUGGCGUGACGGUGACCGGACUCACGAAUGCAGAGGAAGACGCCACAGGCCUGUCCUCGGUUAUGCCGUUUAUGCUGGAGACGGAGCUGGGCCGUGUCACCGGCGGCAACUAUGUCAAGGCCGCCGAGAUGUGGGGCGAGAGUGUUGUUACUUCUAAGGCCGCUGGAACAGGGUCGAUUAUUAUUACUGGACAGAACCCUGCUUCGGCGCCAGGCGUUGCGAAGGAGAUAUUGAAGGCCUUGGGGUUGUAA